CGCCAAUUCAAGCUCAAAUAUUAUUGGAGAACAACCCAGAUCCCAUAAAUGCCUCUCUCUACACUCUCAUUGUCUCUCUCCUUGGACCCUUUUUCCUUGAAUGAAACAAUAGGAUUUCUCAUUCCCAGUUUUUUUCUUUUCUUUUCGAAUACCCACUUAAAAAUCGUAUCUUUUGUUAUUUAUUCAAUUCUUUCAUUCUUGAUGCUAUCGAGCUUCUCUGCAGCUUUGCUCACAGUUUAUCUGUAGUGCUUGCGAGUGAAUAAUUAUUUGUUUUUGUGAAACACAAGCCCUCGAUAAGUUCAGGACUUUUGCUGCAGCAAAGGUUGGAAUUUGAUUUUUCCUUGCUCGAUCUUCCUCUUGCAUGCAGCACUUGGCACAAUCAAGGAGUUCAGAAUUUUUCCGUGCAUGAUAGAAUUGGGCUGAAUCUAAAAGGAGAUAUCUGUAACAAAAUGAGGAUUCUCAUUCGGACCAUGAGGCAAUUUAGGCCUGCUUUCAGGUCUAGAGGAAACACCAUAUACGAGGGCUCGUCUAGAAUGCGAGAUUCUUGGUUCAAUAUGGAUCACCGCUCUAUAUAUAGCCUGUCCCAUAGUAUAGAUGAAUUUUGUAAAAGUAGAUAUACACACAUGAUCCACAGAGCUACUAUAUCAACUGAUGUAGCUACAUUGACUAAUGGAGAACAUAAUGGAGGAGGGCCUCUGCUAGAAUAUGAGCGUAGGAUAGCUGCCGGUGAACUUUUGGAUGGAGAUGCUUGCCAGCUAAGUACCCUGGGAGAGCUUCAAAGACUAUACGAUGAGCUUGUUGAAAAUGCAGAUGCUUGCCGAUUGGAUCGUUAUGCUACUUCUAAGAAAGCUGGGAGGAGUAGGUGGUUAUGGUCGCGUUUUAUACCCCAAGCUUCGGAUGCACCAGUGAGAGGACUUUAUCUAUACGGGGGAGUGGGAACUGGAAAGACUAUGUUAAUGGACUUAUUUUUUAAUCAGCUUCCUUCCAACUGGAGGAAGAAGAGGAUCCAUUUCCAUGACUUCAUGCUAAAUGUUCACAGCCGUCUACAAAAGCACAAGGGAGUGUCAGAUCCUUUGGAAGUUGUCGCUGGAGAGCUAUCGGAUGAAGCAAUCUUGCUAUGCCUUGAUGAAUUCAUGGUGAAUGAUGUUGCUGAUGCCUUAAUUCUCAAUCGUUUAUUUGGACAUUUAUUCAGCAACGGAGUUAUUCUCGUUGCUACCUCAAACCGAGCUCCAGAUAACCUCUAUGAAGGGGGGCUACAGAGGGACCUGUUUCUUCCAUUCAUUGCUACUUUGAAGGAAAGAUGUGUAGCUUAUCAAAUCGGUUCCUCUGUGGACUACCGGAGAAUGACAUCGGCGGAGCAAGGAUUCUACUUCGUCGGCAAGCAUUUGACGGGCCUUCUCAAGCAAAAGUUCUACCAAUUAAUUGGUGAACAUACAGCUUCUCCACAAGAGGUGGAAGUUGUCAUGGGGAGAAAAUUGCAGGUCCCACUGGGUGCUGACGGCUGUGCUCUCUUCCCUUUUGAGGAACUCUGCGACAGGCCUCUUGGAGCUGCAGACUAUUUUGGGUUGUUUAAUAAAUUCCAUACACUGGCACUCGACGGCGUGCCACUUUUCGGGCUCUCCAACAGGACUGCAGCGUAUCGGUUUGUCACUUUAGUUGAUGUUAUGUACGAGAACAGAGCUAGACUAUUAUGCACUGCUGAGGGGACUCCACUCCAACUCUUUGAACGGAUUGUAACAAUAGCCGAUGCUCAGCAAAUGGCACCGAGGACCUCUUCAAGAUCAAGGAAAUCCGAUGACUCCGACAUUUGUGUGGACAACGAAUUAGGUUUUGCAAAAGAUCGCACCAUUAGUAGGUUAACAGAAAUGAAUAGCAAAGAGUACUUGGAGCAACAUGCCGAAGCCUUUAUAGGAAAGCAUCGCGAUCAGAAAGUCUUGAGCUCGUAGUUUCGCUGACCUAUAGAGGCUCUUGCGUCGUCCCGGCUCUUGUCUCUACCAAGGUUUUUUUUGUGGCAGUUAUAGAUAAUAAUUCAUAGUUGGCUUGUAAUAAACUUUUGUACAGCUUUUAAUUGGAUGAGAUGAAAGUUUUUUGCAAUAAUAUCAUGUCGAGAAAUUGUGUUGCGUUUA